AGGAUGUUGCGCACCUGUUCAGUGCUGCGUUCACGUCACCUCGACGUUUAUUUGACAGAGAAACCCUCGAGUAGGAAACCUGGAGAUUUACAGUCGUAUGUUGGUUUCUUGUGUAGAGACUGAAAACACACCACUUUGCUUCCGCACAUUUUACAAUCCGAAUCGCUCAAUACGAGCAAAAGAGGUAAACGACCGAGGAGAGUGACUGUAUAUUUGGCUCGUUCUCGACCUGACAGCUGAAAUCCACGUUUGGAAGCAGCGUUUCAGUUGAUCACAGAUGGUGUAUGCUAAGCCCCAAUGACAGACUCUCAGAUAACAGAGGACAGUGGCACUAAAGUCAUCUUUUCAUUGUCCAGUUCUCGGCAAGCUUCAGCUGAAGUGGGUGCCCCUAUGAGCGGGCUGACGGAGCAAGAAUUCACGUGCCACUGUUGCUAUGAUGUCCUUGUGAAGCCCACCACGCUUCACUGUGGCCACAGCUUCUGUCGCCACUGCCUUGCGCUGUGGUGGGAGUCAUCUGGUAAAACCGAGUGCCCUGAGUGUCGCGAGAGAUGGGAGGGGUUUCCUAAGGUCAACAUUCUACUGAGAGACGCUGUGGAGAAGUUGUUCCAAGCUGAUGUGCAAAGGAGGCAAAAAGAGAUCCAGAAUAACCCGCGGAUCACUCAGUCUCUGCUGGACUUCCAGCGCCAUGGCGAUGAGGCCAGUCGCGGCGCUCCACCAGGAAGACCACGGAGAGGAACCGGAAGCUUCUUCUCCGGAGUGCUCACUGCUCUUACUUGCGUCACUGUGAUGUUGCUGGUCUAUCACUGGUCCAGUGGAGAAAAUCAUGAGGUUCUGGAAUUUAAGCCACUCAGCAGGUGGACAGCUGAUGAUGUCAAACUGUGGGUGGAACACUUAGGUGCGUGGACCAGCCAAUACAGAGAGACCUUCCACAGAGAACAGGUUAACGGCAGGAUGCUCACUCUCCUUGAGGAUGAUGACUUGUCCAGGCUUCCAUAUAGUAUAGAUAACCCCACCCACCGACGAGCCAUCCUGCAGGAACUGCACAGGGUCCGCACUGCUAGAGUCAAACCGCCACAGAACCUCUGGGAGUACAAGGCGGUGAAUGGGGGAAAGGCUCUUUUCUUACUUUACGCUCUCAAAGAUUCUCCUCGCCUCACCAUCCUCUACCUCUAUCUGUUUGACUAUGAUGACGGCUUCCUGCCCCUCAUACAUACCUGCUGUCCCAGACGGCCACCCCAUGUGGAUCACCUGCCCAGCAAGGCUCGUGUGUGUAAGGAGAAUCCUAACUGGAGACAGUGGGCGGAGUUUGUGGUGAAGUACUCUGUGCUGCCCUAUCAGCUCCUGGCAGAGUUUGCGUGGGAUUGGCUGAGUGUUCACUACUGGACGUCUCGUUUUGUUAUAGUAAAUGCCAUGCUGCUGUCACUGCUUGAGGCCUGCGCGUUCUGGAGAGUGUGGAGCAGGAGAGAAAUUAGGAUGCUCCCUCAGAAGAUGUGGCACCACCUGUGGUGGGUGUUGAGAUGUGGGGUCGUCUUUGCACUGGUCUGGCCCCUCCUCCCCCAGUUUGUGUGUAAUUGCCUCUUCUACUGGGCCCUCUACUUUAACCCCAUUAUUAACAUAGACCUGGUGGUACAGCAGGUUCUGCGCCGAGACACACAACACGUAUGAUGCAUGCUUGUACACAUACACACACCACACGACACGCACACCCACCCACCCCUCACAGAUGACUCACAUCUUGAAUGAAACGUACGUGCGUGCGCAUGUACUCCUGCUGAACUAGAGGGGUAUAUGUGUGUGUGUGUGUGUUCUUACAUGCCCUUCUGCUGGACAAGAGGUGCUGAUGUCAGUGCUUUGGGGGUUUACUCUGUAUCUCAGAUCUUUAAAACAUCAGUUAUAAUAGAAUAAUAACCGUACACAGUGAAAUGGGUCCAGAAUCUCGACAUCACUCAACUGAUCAAAGCCAAGAGAUGGUGUUUGUCUUCCUUCCUUGAAGCUACAUUGCUUAAACCAAAUUCUUUAUUCUCUUUGCAUUUCUGACACUGUUCAUAAUUUUGUUGAUUUUACACUGAUACUCAUUAUUUACGUAAUGCUAUUUUUUAAACAAAUUGUUUUCAAUUAAAAAAAAAAAGUUUCGUGAAA